AUGUACAGCCAGUCCCUCAUGAAGGAGGAGAACGUAGUGCCAUCUUGGGACAGCAUGGCCAUGCACAAUUGUCUGUCCGUGGCUGGUUCCCAGCAGGUCUUGUCUGCCUCAAAAUUUGCUGCCAGGACGACAAGAAUCAGCAAUGCAGAGGUCGAGCCUGGUGUGAACAGCGCUGCUCUUCGGCACCGAUGGUCUCGCGCCCCGCCCCGCUCGCGCACCGUCUGGCGCAAGGCGUGCGUUCGCUCAGGAGCAGCGCGGCGUCGCCUGCACGUGCUCACCAGGCCGCCUGCCCGCACCUUGGCUGCCCUGAUACGCCAGGGUCGAAACCAAAGACGUGCCGUGUUCACAGCGUCCGUUUUGACACGCUGCGGUUUGGCCCGGCACGUGUUUGUCCACGUUUUGGCGGACGUAUCGCGCCAGACCUACGUUUUCAGUCUACGUGCUGAGCUCCGUGACAACACGCUGCGGGCAGCAGGUCGCCCGCCCGCCUCGAGGCGCAUGGCCAUCCCCCGCCAGGUAGCCGCGGCCGCGCAGCUGCUCGCGCCCGCGCGCGCGGGCAGCGCGCCGAGCGGUCCGCGG